AUGACUUCUCAAGGCAUGACUCGCAAAAGGCCGGCCCCAGGUACAGUGCCUGCAGUUCUACCACAGAUGGGCACAGCCCCAAAUUACCAGACCUCAAACCCGGGCGCCACACUAUCAAAUGACCAGUUCUUGCAAUGGGGUCAAAAUCCUGCCCCUAACACUGUCAAUAAUGCCGCAUACGUCGAACCGUCAGCAUUCAGUGCGACACCAUACGCAGCGAAUCAGGAUUUGUCGGCGCAACCAGUUGCCUCCGCCAGUCAAAUUACGCGUCGGCAGCCGCCAAAUCAGCUGGUCACGCGAAACCGCGGAUAUGAGCAAGCGCCCGCAACAUAUGAACCCAGCCAGAAUCUUGCACCAGGAGAGUCGGGCGCUUGGGGGGAAAGCUUGGAAGAGCUCUACCGACGUGCCUUGAUUGCGAAGCGAGAGGCGCAGGCGAAGCGCAAACAGAUUCCACCAUUUGUGCAGAAGCUUAGCAGUUUCCUAGAUGAAUCAAAAAACACAGAAUUGAUUCGAUGGUCUGACGAUGGCAAUUCUUUCAUUGUGCUUGAUGAAGAUGAGUUUGCGAGGACAUUGAUUCCCGAACUUUUCAAGCAUAACAACUACGCCUCAUUUGUUCGACAGCUUAAUAUGUACGGAUUUCACAAAAAGGUGGGGCUUUCCGACAACUCCAUGCGUGCCAGUGAGCGCAAGAAUAAGAGCCCCAGUGAAUACGCGAAUCCAUACUUUAAAAGAGGCCAUCCAGAUCUGCUCUGGUUGAUUCAAAAACCUAAGACUGCAGCCGGCCAUUCAAGCAAAGGGAGUAAAAGCGGUGCGCGUGUAAAGACCGAGGAUGUGGAUGAUGUUGAUUUCGAGGAGUAUGGUGAAGACGUGGCAGCUGCAUCUCGGGACAACCGCCCUAGGCCCCAGCAGUUGUCUAUCCUCACCGACUCUUCAAUGCCCAAAGAUCAACUUGCUGGAGUGUAUCGAGAACUACAAGCCAUUCGGCAACAGCAAUCAAUAAUAUCGGGCACCAUAACCAGACUACGAAAAGAGCACGAGCAGCUCUAUGCGCAAGCGGCAAAUUUCCAAGAGCAACACACACGUCAUGAAAACUCCAUCAACGCUAUCCUCACAUUCCUUGCAACAGUGUACAAUCGCAGCCUGCAAGGGCAAGAUGGAAAUCAAAAUCUUGCAAACUCAUUCGCUGGAGCCAUUUCUCAGGAUCUCCAAGGGAACAUUGUUGAUAUGGGUGAUGAUUUUUCAUUAAGCUCAUUGAACGGCGUGACGAGUCCGACUGGACAAAGGACCAUGAAGAAACAACCACUUUUGUUGAAGGCUCCACCAGUUGUCGAUGAGACUAGUCGUGCCAACACUUUAUCGCCUGCAGCUAGCAACGGUUAUGACAUGCAUUCUCGUGGCCAUACUCGUCAGCCAAGCGCUACGCAGUCUGGUCAUGUGGAAGAGGUUCUUGAUAAUAGCCCGCGGCAAACCGCUUCAAUUCCUCCCAUAAAGCGACAAGGUGACGAAGCCUUCCCCCGACAGGACAUGAUGUCUGUUAUUCAGAAUACCAAUGCGCGGAACGGCAUUCCAACAAAUUUUUCCGAGUUCCCCAAUCUUCUCUCUUCCCUUGAAACAUCUGAUGGGAAUGUUCCCCUCACUCCCAAUCAACGCGCCGACAUGCUCCGCCUCAUGGCAAAUGAGACCAACCCAGCGGAUCCCAGCACCGCAAACUCUCCAAACAAUGCUCUAAUCACACCACCCCCACCACCAAUGCCGCAUAAUUACUCCAAUCGCCUAGCAAACACUCGCCAAGAGAUCGAUAACUUGGUGAAAAUGCAAGCCGAACAAGACCGUUCUGUCCAAAACCUCACCAAUCUCCUCCAACCUCUGAGUCCAAACGGUACCAUUCCAGGCCUGGGCAGUGAUGGAAAUGUGCCACCUCCGCCACUUGACCUCGACCAGCUUUUCAAUAACGACUACUUCACCGAUAUUGGAGACAUUCAUGACAAGAAACAUAUGAACCUAGGCGACAGCUCCAUCGACCCUGUCACGAAUGUAGACGAUCCCAUGGAUACUUCGCACGUGGACGAGGAUACCAACGAUCUGUUCGACUUCGACCACAUCCCAGCUGAAGCCGACCUUUUUGAUACCCCCAGCCAGGGCCAAAAUCAUUCAGCAUACAACUACGGCUUCGACGGCGCUGAAUACGGUGACGCGGGAUCUAGAAAUAUAGAAGCCGGCCGCAUUGAACAGCUGACGGAUAGCGACGUUACCAGUCCAAACACCGCAGAUGAGAAUGCUAGUGAGGUUGCUGAUGUGGAGGGAAGUGCCAAACGACGCAAGAGGACUUGA